CGCUCGCCCGGGUCUGGUUACUUUGCGUGUCGCGCGGCGUUUAUUUAUGAUUGUCUGUCGUUUAAACGUCUCCCGGACUUCACUUUUGGUCCUAACCAUUGCAAUAUCGCUUGCAAUGUCUUCGGACGCCGGUGAUAAAUAUGUUUCUGUAGAUUUUGAGGUGUUCGGGAAUGUUCAGGGCGUUUGCUUCAGAAUGUAUACAGAGCAAGAGGCGAAGAAACUGGGCUUGACGGGCUGGGUAAAGAACACCAGACAGGGCACUGUGGUGGGACAGGUACAGGGGCAUCCUGAAAGAGUGAAAGAAAUGAAGUACUGGCUCAGUAAGGUGGGCAGUCCCAGCUCUCGAAUCCACCGCGCUCAGUUCACCGACGAGAAACCAAUCACUAAACUGGAGAUUCACGGCUUUGGCACUCGCUACUGAACCCAGCCUGAGCCCUCAGCGUCAGCAAACGACAAAUACUGGGUGGAUAGUUUACAAGAACACUAAACCUUUACCCCAUUAUUAUCAUUUGUUGUUUAUAUGCAUUAGCAUAGGGUUGUAAAUAUGAAUCGUUUGUCCGAUGCUAUGCAAACGCAAAUGUAAAAGAUUGCAUCUGAUUCAACAGUUCAAACGAAUAAAAUAUGAAAUAUCGUA